CUAAGUAUGACAUCAUACAUAGUAAAAGACUUCCAUAUAAAUAGUCCAUGCUUGACUUCUUGUUCAUUGACGUAGUCAUCCUCACUGCUCAGUAACCUAUCGUACUCUGAAAAUAUGGCAGUUGAAAGGUCUGGCAUCGCCAAAGAUGUUACUGAAUUAAUUGGUCAGACUCCACUGGUUUAUCUCAAUAAUGUUGUGGAUGGUUGUGUUGCCCGUAUAGCCGCCAAGCUAGAAAUGAUGGAGCCAUGCUCAAGUGUGAAAGACAGGAUUGGUUAUAGUAUGAUUGCGGAUGCAGAGGCAAAGGGCGAUAUCACACCCGGGCAGAGUGUUCUCAUUGAACCAACAAGUGGCAAUACUGGCAUUGGGUUAGCCUUCAUGGCGGCAGCUAAGGGUUACAAGCUUAUCAUUACAAUGCCUGCUUCAAUGAGUCUUGAAAGAAGAAUCAUUCUUCGAGCUUUUGGGGCUGAUUUAAUUCUCACAGAUCCUGCAAAAGGCAUGAAAGGGGCUGUUCAGAAGGCUGAAGAGAUACUGGCAAAGACACCCAAUGCCUACAUCCUUCAGCAGUUUGAAAACCCUGCCAACCCAAAGAUACAUUACGAAACCACUGGACCAGAGAUAUGGAAAGGUUCUGGAGGAAAAGUUGAUGCACUUGUUUCUGGGAUAGGCACAGGCGGUACCAUAACAGGUGCUGGGAAAUUUCUUAAAGAGCAGAACCCUGAUAUAAAGUUGUAUGGCGUGGAACCAUUUGAAAGUCCUGUUCUAUCUGGAGGGAAGCCUGGUCCACACAAGAUCCAAGGAAUAGGUGCUGGUUUUGUUCCUGGCGUUUUGGAAGUCAGCAUUGUUGAUGAAGUGGUCCAAAUAUCAAGUGAUGAAGCAAUUGAAACUGCAAAGCGUCUUGCCCUGAAAGAAGGCUUAUUUGUGGGAAUAUCAUCUGGUGCUGCUACUGCUGCUGCAAUUAAGAUUGCAAAGAGGCCAGAAAAUGCUGGAAAGCUAAUUGUUGUGAUUUUUCCAAGCUUUGGGGAGAGGUAUCUGUCCUCUGUGCUAUUUGAGUCAGUGAGACGAGAGGCUGAAAGCAUGACUUUUGAAUCCUAAGCUGUUCCUCAGUUCCAGGUUACUUGCAACAUUCUGACAAUUUAAUAUCAAGAGAGAUCAUGGUGUUUCGGUAAGAGGUGUAUGGGGCCUGGGUCGUUAUUUUGGUUUCCUUAUGGUUUUGUCAAUAAGAUUGUCUUGAACUACUUGAUCUCUGUAUUGCAGAAGGGAUUCCAGGACCAACCCUGGAACUAAAGUGUAUUGAAGUAGUUUCUAAUUGUUGUGUGCUCAAACAUCAUUGUACAAUGCUAGGUUUUGAGACUUACCAAAUAGUAAUAACGAUGAUGCCAGGUUUUGUUAAAUUAA